AUGCACAUACUCGUAACCAACGACGAUGGGCCUCCGUCGCCCGAAUCGUCUCCCUACGUCCAUUGCCUGAUCAAGCAUCUGCAACAGGCCGGGCAUACGCUGAAGCCGCUCUACUACCGCCCGGGCGCCAAGGUGCACGGAGACGACUCCGAGGACACCACGCACCACCGGCCGUCGGCGGCGGGCGAUGUCGAGGAAUGGAUCCUGAUUGACGGCACGCCCGCGUCGUGCGUGCAGAUUGGCCUGCACCACUUCUUCCACGACAAGGGCCCCAUCGACCUCGUCGUCAGCGGGCCCAACUACGGCAGGAACACGAGCUCCGUCUUUGCCCUGAGCUCGGGCACCCUCGGCGCUGCACUCGAGGCCGCCGUCUGCAAGAGGCGCUCCAUUGCCCUGAGCUUCGCCUUUUUCUCGCGCAACCACGAUCCCGUCAUCAUCGAGGCCGCGUGCCGACACAGCGUCAGGGUUAUCGACGCCCUGUACAAGCAGUGGCCGACAGACGCCAGCGCGGACCUGUACAGCGUCAACGUGCCGCUGGUCGAGGACGUGGAGAAGCACAAGACGCUGUGGACCAACGUGCUGCAGAACUACUGGGCCGAGGGGAGCUGCUUCCAGGAGAUUGACGGCGAGGCCGGGGACGCGGUCGAGGAGGAGGCUCGCAUCCGCGAGGGCCCCGGCGGCGAGGUCGAAAACGAUGGCGGCAGCCAAGCGCCCACCGCCCAAGUCAACAGCACCAGCGGCGGAAAAGCCGAGGUCGGCGGAGAGAGCCGCAAGACGGGACACGUGCACAAGCACUUCAAAUGGGCGCCCAGGCUCACUGACGUGUACAAGAGCGUUGCUGAAUCAGAGCCUGGCAAUGAUGGACGGACGGUCAUGGAAGGCAACACAAGUAUCACGCCGCUCAAGGCAAACUUUGCCCUCGGCACCAGCGCCUCAUUCAGUAGAAAGGAGCUUGAGCUUUCAAGCCAGCAAGUGGCGGGUGUGACAUCGAUGGCGAUCCGAGGCAAGGGGCAUGGGAGAGGGGGUUCGCCCAUACGGGCCAUUGUCGCCUACGACGACACCUACGUUCAACCCUUGAUCGUGGCCGCGCUGAAAACGUUGCUUCCCGAUGAUACGCUGCAUCUCAUCACGGAGCUACAGCCGUUGGACGGCGGCGGCCCCCCUGUAUUCGAGACGCCGUCGGAUCCGAACGUCCGACUCCUGCAAAUUACGGCCUACGAGUCCAUCGACUUUGAGUUCGCCGCGGCGCACCCGCGCUCGUGCCUCGUCAACAGCUACAUGAUCCGCAAGGCGCUGAUACGCAAGCACUAUCUGUCGGCGACGGUGGACCACUGGGUGGCCAAGCACCCGUCCUCACCGCUGGGGCGACAUUUUAAGCGCAGCGAGGCCUUCGAGGUCGACUACGCCGAGUUCCUCGACGACGCGCUUGUCGAGGCGUUUGAUCUCCGCGAGAGCAUGGACCGCAACGCGGAGCUCGCAGACGAGGCGGCGAGGCAGUGGUGGAUCCUGAAGCCGGGCAUGAGUGAUCGCGGGCAGGGCAUUAGGCUGUUUAGCACCAUGGAGGAGCUGCAGGCCAUCUUUGACGGAUGGGAUGAGGAGCGUCCGGAUAGUGAUGAGGAGGAGGAGGAGGAGGAUGGGCAAGGCCAAACUGGCGAAGAAAAGGGCCAAGGGAUGGGCGACUUCAUCACGACAUCUCACCUCCGCCACUUUGUCGCCCAGCCCUACAUCCACCGGCCGCUGCUCCUCGAAUCCGACCCAAGGAAAUUCCACAUCCGCACCUACGUCCUCUGCACCGGCAGCCUCACCGUCCACGUCUACAAGCCCAUGCUAGCCCUUUUCGCCGCCAAGCCCUACCUCGCGCCCUGGGCACACUCGCCCACCGACAUUGACUCCUUCCUGACAAACACCUGCCUCCAGCAGCAGCGCCAGCAGCCCUCCGACGGCGCCGGCGCCAACAGCGUCCGCCGCUUCUGGGACCUGCCCCUCGCGCAGCCUAUGCUCGACGACAUCUUUGCCCAGAUCUGCAGCGUCACGGGCGAGGCCCUCGAGGCCGCCGCGACGGCCAUGCCCGUGCACUUCCAGACGCUGCCCAACGCCUUUGAGGUGUUUGGGCUCGACUUCCUCGUCGACGAGGCGGGUGUCGUGUGGCUGCUCGAGGCAAACGCCUUUCCCGACUUUAGGCAGACGGGCGCGGACCUCGAGGACGUCGUUGGCGGGUUCUGGAGGGGCGUUGUGCGCGAGGCCGUCUUGCCCUUCUUUGGGGUUGAGGCGAGUGGCGGCGAGGAUAGGGGGGACAUGGUGCGUGUGAAGCAGAUAGACCUGGGGAGACGCUGA